AUGUUAUCCCUUUUAGAAAAAAUUGACAUUUUUGGAGUUCCUAUUAAAAUGAAGACUAGAAAACAAUAAGAAGAAUUUAAGACAUCUCAGAGUGGAUUCAUAACCAUAAUCAUAAUGAUUUUAAGCGUCGCAUAUUCCGUUUACGUGAUAUUUUUAUGGAUAGAUGGAAAAUUAAUUCCCAAGGUUACGAGUUCUUAAAAAAUGAUCGAUUUUGCUACUUAUGAAUGGGAGAAUAGUGAGAUUUCCUUCAGUCUCUAUGAUGUAAGAUCAAAAAUAAAUCCGUUUACAAAAGAGAACAAUAUUAUUAUGCCUGUUUUAUUAGAAAUCGUUAGUUCCACCAUUUCUGCUUCUCCUAAAAUAUUAUUCAGCACAUUGUAAAUAGAUGGAGACAAGAAUGUUGUAGUACUUGAAAAAGGAAAAUUGAUUUUAAGUUAAAUAGAUGGACCAACAAAAGAAAAUCAAUAGAAACUUAGGUACUAUUUUGUAUUUUUCACAAAAUGUCGUUAGGAUUGGAUGGUCGAUGGAGGAUACUGUGCCGAACAAUAAGCAAUUGAUGAGUAUUUCAGUACAAAUCAUGGAUUAUUAUUUUUAUCAAUUAACCUUCAACAAUAUAAUUAUGAAACUUUGCAAUUUGAGGAAAUUAAGAAAACUGAAUCUUUUGCCUUUGAAGAAGUCAGCCCAUUCCAUGCUUAAGUAAUAUUAUAAAAAUAAAAUACAACUAUUGAUAACGGCAUAUUGUUUAGUAAUUUUGAAUCUUUUGAAGUAAUAAAAGAUUUUAGAGUAAAUACUUAAACAAUCUCUUCUAAAUUUGCUGAGAAAACAGUAUUAAGUGCAGAUGGUUCAAAAUUAGAAUUUGAUUCACUAUGCUCAUUUGGAUUCAAAAUUGAUAAUAAAUUAGGUGUUGAAGUUAUUAUGAUGCCAAAAUUAGGAGAAGUCUUGGCUCAAAUUGGGUCUAUUGUAAAUGUUAUAAUGUUAUUGAAAAUAUUCUCGAAUCUCAUUAAUACAACCAUGUUGGAGAGUACAUUACUUGAUGAAAUAAUCGAAAUUUAUUAUCCAUAAUUUAAGCAAGUCCAAAUUACUAGAAAUUUUUUAGGCAAAAUUAAGAAAGUUCAUUAUAAAGGUGUCGAAAUCAAGAUGAAAACUUUUUAACCUAAAUACAAACAAUUAUUGGAUAUUGCAAGAACUAAGUUCACUUACAAUAAUCUGAUAUAAGAAUUAUCUCGGAUUUAAUUGAUUUUAAUACAUUAGAUAGGAAUGGAAAAUAUAAAAAAUAUAUUUAAAAUUGGAGAGGAUCUGUAAUUCCUUGAUAGUGAUAGAUUGUCUAAUUCCCCCAAAGAGAAAGAAUUUGAAAAGUUUGCAUUAUUCGAUUAAGAAUUUCCAUUUUCAUAGUGA